AUGUUCCCACUCAAAGUGAUUGUUUUUAUUGCCUUGGUUUCCAUUGUUGCUGCAGGACCAUGGGGACAGAUAUGUGCUGGGAAUCCUAGGAACAAAGUAAGGGGCUGUGACAAAUUUGGCUGUGGAUAUUAUGGCGCUCCAAGGUAAGGAAAAAAGCACCGGGGAGUGGACGUAAUAUGCAGAGACGGAUCAACAGUGUAUGCACCUUUUAGUGGCACAAUUGGGGGACGAGUUAACCCCUAUAGCAAGAAUAAUGCCAUUAAUAAUGGCCUCCUCCUCCGUGGAUCAGGUUUCUGCAUACAUAUGUUCUACAUCAGGCCAGUUCGAUACAGUGGUCGGAUCAACAAGGGACAAAAAAUUGGAGUAAUGCUGCCAAUGCAAAGAGUAUAUCGUGGUAUGACAUCCCAUGUUCACGUCCAGAACUGUAACCGCUCAAAUCCCACUCGCAAUUUAUAA